AUGGGGCGGUCAGGCAGGCCUCGGGGAGGAGGCCGCGGAUCUGUGGCGACGGAUCGCGCCCGCGGGGCCGAGCGUCGAGCUGGCGCCGGGAGGGAGGAGAGGGCAGGGCAGAGGAGGGGGAUGAUUGGCGGCGCGCUGCGUUUCCCUCGACGGCUCGUCCGCUGCUGCAACUGCGAGGAGCGAGUAGGUGAGCUAGCAAGAGAAGGCAACCCGUGGACCGGACGCGGCUCCCCUGGACUGCACUGGCAGCUGCAGAAGCAGGCGCCGCAGAAUGAUACCACAGAGAGCGUGGAUUCAUGA